GUAACUUUGAAACAGUUUAAAUUAUGAAAACGUAUACAAAACGCGCUUAUAUUCGCCGCUUUAUUUAAUUCGCCGUCUUUAACAGACAUAUACAGACACACAUGCGUAGCUGCAGGAAAAUUUUUGCCUCAUUCGUGGUCCUUUAGAAGAAGACGACGUGCACAAGCAAACGAACAGAGAUUCAUCGUGAACAAAAUUAAAGAAAAACAGUUGAAAUAAUAAGAAGCAAUUGCGUUGCAAUAAACUUGUCCAAAUAAUUGAUUAAUUGUGACUACAAGCGAACUGAGCGCGCAUUUUGCUAAAUCAUUGAUUGAGUAACCGUAAACAGAAAAAAGCAAAAAGAAAACGUAUUAAGUGCAAACAGCAGGCCCGCAGACAACGGAAAUUCUAACCCAGUGCCAAGGCUGAAUUUUGAGCUGCACGCAAUUAUCGCUAAAAUCAAAGUCAGUGUAAAAAAGAAAUCAACAACAAUAAAAAAAAGAGCGAAAAAGAAACUCACAGCCACAUUAUCGAUUUGUGUAUAUGUGUGAAAAAUAACAGUCAAGAGCUUACUCCCACGUAAAAACACAAACACACACACACAUACUAACACAAACAUUGAGCAUACGUCAACAACAAAGCAACAAAAGCAACAAAAAGGAGAGAAAAGCCGUUGGUCAGCAGAAGGAACAACUACGACGCAGGAAUCUGUUGUCAUCAGCCGUAGCAAGCAGUAAACCAAGUUAGACGCACAACAAUGGCUGGCGGUGGUGAUCCCAAAUGGCAAAAGGAUGCAGCUGAUCAGAACUUUGACUACAUGUUCAAGCUGCUCAUCAUUGGCAACUCCAGUGUGGGCAAGACGAGUUUUCUCUUUCGCUAUGCGGACGACAGCUUCACAUCGGCCUUUGUCUCCACUGUGGGCAUUGACUUUAAAGUGAAGACCGUCUUUCGACAUGACAAGCGCGUCAAGCUGCAAAUUUGGGAUACGGCUGGUCAGGAGCGUUACCGCACCAUAACCACAGCCUACUACCGCGGCGCCAUGGGCUUCAUUCUGAUGUAUGAUGUCACCAACGAGGACAGCUUUAACUCUGUGCAGGACUGGGUUACACAAAUCAAGACGUACUCAUGGGACAAUGCCCAGGUGAUACUGGUGGGCAACAAGUGCGAUAUGGAGGAUCAGCGUGUGAUUAGCUUUGAGCGUGGACGCCAGUUGGCCGACCAGCUGGGCGUGGAGUUCUUUGAGACCUCAGCCAAGGAGAAUGUGAAUGUUAAGGCUGUCUUUGAGCGCUUGGUGGAUAUUAUAUGCGAUAAGAUGUCGGAGAGUCUGGAUGCGGAUCCAACGUUAGUGGGCGGCUCACAGAAGGGACAGCGCUUGACGGAUCAGACGCAGGGCACGCCCAAUGCCAAUUGUAAUUGUUAAAGCAGUCUGCACACAGCAAACACACACCUACAUAUUUUCACACACACACAUAUACACAUACAGUAACGUGUACUGCAACAAAUUUGAUCUUAGCAAAUGUUAGACAGCAUUAAUCAACAGAGAGAUGUGCAAAACUUAUAGCAAAGUGAAGAAAGAAAACGAAGAAAAACUUAUUACCCGUAUAUAAGUAAAGCAUAUUAAACUAUAUAAAUAUUAUUGUAUUUAUAAAUAAUUUACGUUGUCAUGCCGUGUAAAUGUCAAGUUAAUUACUUAUGUAUGUGCUUGGAAUAUUAUCAAUGUUUUCAAAUAAGCCCCAAAUAGCAUAAACAUCAAAUUUAUUGUUGAGCAUUGCGAAUUGCGUAUUGUGGAGUAAGAGAACAAAGAAUUUAAUAGCGCCCCUCCCCCGUAAGAAAAAUUAAUAACAAUAUACUUAUUUUAAUAUUCGAUGUGCUUAAAUUUGUUGUAUGUGCAGCGCUAAGGUUUAUAAAAAUAACUAAGAAUUAACUCAUGAAAAGCUGCUGCAAGUGCUGCUAAGCCUUGAGUUAAGCACUAAUUAAAUACGCACGUUUUGUGCUGUUUUUUCUCAUGCCUCAGUUUUCAUUCUCAUUCUCAACUUCAGUAUUUAGUUUCUCUAUCUCAACGAGAGAACUUUAGCUAAGCAAACAAAUCUCAAAAGUAUUGUACAUACGCUAGCGAAAAGCUUUGAAGCUGUAUACAGCUAAAGUUGAACGACAAAAAUAUAAAAAAAGAAAACACAACGCACAAAGCUAGCGAAUUGGUGAAAUUAAACUUAAUAUUUGUUUGGUAUACUUCAGCCUACACAGCUCUAACUAAAAACAUAAUCCGCUACAUCUACAUACAUAUAUAACUAUACACAGACACACACAUACAUAUAUAAACUGCAACAGAGUUCUAGCAAAUUGUCAUUAUGAUUAUUAAAAUUAUUAUCAUUAUGUAUGUAUGUAUUUAUGUAGUCCAAUAAAAAUUCCAAUGUG